CUCUCGGCCUGUGCCUUGGGAUCUUGGCGUUCACGUUGGGGAGGGUAGCCGCAGUGAACCGGCCUCGAGUAGUGACUCCGCAAGCGGCUCAAAGAAACCUCAAAGUGUAUCCGAUGCGAAGCUUCACGGUGCUGCCGCACCAUCUAUGCAGGCCAGUGCACAGCGUGCUCGACAUCGCCCCUCAAGAUCUAUCAAUCCGCCGAGUCCUUCGCUGCUACCCGAACCGCAGGAGCGGGACCAAUGGCCAGGUUGGACUUUCUGGUCCGUUUCCAACGAGCGGCGCCCAGUGACUCAACGCAAGGUAUUCACGGUCACCUUCGCGAGCGAGGAGGUCUACCCCGCACUGCCGGGUGUCCGGCUUAUGGACUUGGUGCGGAAGCCCGAGGCGACUCGGACAAAGGUACGGGGAGGCACAAAGCCUCAUCCAAAUCUGUGCCGAGAUAUCACCCUCCGAGUUUAUAUCAGGGUGAGUAUGUAUUCUCUUCUGCGGCGAUGUAUGACGGUUCAACGGGCAUCUCCGUCUCGCAGCUCUUUGAUUACUGGAAAGGUCGAUUUGAUCUCUCGUGCAUGGACACAUUCGGAGAGUCGAGGAAUCCUGAGGCUCCAGCGCCUCUGAAUACGAUCGCCGCGCGGGUAUCAGAAGGCAUUCGUGGUGUAAUGCAGAACUUGAAGGCGAGCGUCGUACCCUCGGACUAUCACAGUCCUUGCGAGGACCCGCGAUGCGUGGGUAUACCAUUCUCCAGACUAUAUCUGGAGGCAAUGCAUUCCCGCGACAUGAUCGACUGGACCGUACAAGUGUAUGCCGCCUUCCCUCCUGGUGAGGGCCCAUGCACCAAUGCACCUUGCCCCAACGAACCCUCCUCACGCUGCCUUUUGUACCGGUGGGCCUCGUCACCCGACUCUGAGUCUGACGUUUAGUCCGCAGAUCACCGCAUUGUACGUCGCGCCCCAUGAUUAGCACCAUACUUAUGUGGUCGCUCACGAGAUACGUUACGAAUCUACGUUAUCUCUCUCCUUUGUUCACGAUUACUACUACUUUGUCGAAUGUUUUCCUAGUUUGUCCGCCCUGCUGAUUUUAUGCUGACCCUGCACUGUGCCCGAACCGAUGUCGCACUAGUCUGUAUCGCUACUAGACUCUGUGUUGCCUUACUGUACUAGUCUGUAUUCUCGGAUAUACACCACUUUAUUCUCG